UGUGGCAGACACUGUCAGGCACGAAGGGAAUAAGUUACUGCGUCUCCAGCAAGACCGUUACCGGGCACAAACCCUGUUGUUGUUCAUCUUGAUUAUCUGAACUCGGACGAACCGUUAUACACAGGGUGAACAUGACAUUAUUUUGUCAUCAACUUUUCAUCCUCCUAUGGAUUGUUGUCACAGUGUUGUCUUUUUCUUUAGGGGGGGAGUCCAACACCCAGACUCCUGGCACACACGGCAGUCCUGGGCCCACAGAUACAUCCAUGACCCCAGGAGAUAGAUCCACCACCCUCUUAUCAACAACGACCCCAGUCUCCACUGAACCCAGCUCCGCCACCACAGACCGAGCCACCACCACCCAGGACCCCUCAACUGUCCACCCUAGCACUGAUGGCACCUCACCGACAACAGCAGCUGUCUCUAAAACUAAAGAGGUCUCUACUUCGACAGACCUGACCUCCACUUCUGAUACGACAGAGUCUACAGGAGCAGUCGGCACCACUCCGACAGAAACAAGAACUAUCCCGUCGGUCAGCACAGCAGAGAUGACUUCCUCCCACAAGACCUCAGCGUACACUGUCACGUCCCCUGAGUCGACGGAAAAAGACAGUCAAUCUACAGACAGUGGCAUGACAACACCCACCACCACACCUGCCCUUAGCAGAGGGGUCUCUCCGUCUACCACGGAACAUGCCGGAGCCUCCUCUGUCACCACGGAGACAGGCCGUACCUCAAACACAACUCCAGACAUUGUCCCAACCAGCAGUACCAAAGAGCCAGGCACACAUGAAACAACAGAUAUCAAUACAGCUACCACAAAUACAGGUACCAAAGACAGUGAGACCACAGGUACAGGGAUCACAAAGUCCACCAUCCCACCAACUGGUCAGACCUCUCUGUCUUCAACACGCCCCUCCUCCACUACAAAGGGCCCUGAGAUCUCUCUCCCAGUAUCACAUAGUACCUCGCCCUCUACCUCGACCACCGCCAAUACAGAGGGCUCCCAGGUCCCCACUACAAAGGGCCCUGAGACCUCUCUCCCAGUGACCGAUGGCGCCACGUCCUCAACCCCCACAGCUACCAUUACAGGGAGCCCUCAUACAGACAAAACCACUGGAACACAGGGGACUACCGAUUCUACAACCACAGCUGACACUCCAGCCUUGCCCCCCACCUCCGGCUCUUCCUCCAGCCCACCCUCUCCAGGCUCAACCCAAACCCCAGGCAGCAACACUGAGGCCCCCAUAGACAUCUCCACCACCACCCCUGCCACCUCACCCACCAUCACACCUACAGGAGAAACCUCUGAACAACCAACUAGCAAAACUAGUGAGAGCCCACUUCCUCCUUUCCACACCUCCACCUCCCCUACCGGUGGAAUCACCACCCAGCCAGAGUCAGCCAUCACUGCUACCACAUCCCUGCCUCCACCCAUCUCCAUAGUGUGUCCCUCCACUCCCUGUCCGUAUGAUAGCAUCUGUCUCAAUGGCACCUGCCAGUGUGUGUCUGGGACCUUCCUCUUAGAGGGCCGCUGUGUACAAGCCCAAGUGUUCUCUGGAGACCUGCAUCUCAACCAGGCAUUUCAGGAUGAAAUGAGCAACCGGUCAUCAGUCAUAUUUCAGCAAACAGCAGCCAGGAUCUCAGAGGCACUGAGAAGAGUCUUGGAAAACGAGUCUGGAUACAGCCAAACUGACGUGGUGCUGCUUAGGCAAGGCAGUGUGAUCGCGACCGUGAACAACGUGUUUAAACUAGGCUCCAGUGCCACCCAGACUUCGACCAAUGGCGCUAUAGAGAAAGCCAUACAAGCCUGUGGCACGACCUGUGGGACUAUACUGGAAAGAGCUGCAUUUACCGCCACUGACCUAUGUGAUCAGGCCCCCCAACCGUGUGAUGUCCGCUCUACCACGUGCGAGUACAAAGAAGAUGGAGUGACCAGAUGCUCCUGUAAGGCUGGCUACAUCAACAGCUUCUACUCAAACCAAAGCUGCACAGCCUGUCCCAGUGGUCAAAGGUCAGAGGGAGACACGUGUGUGCCAUGCCCAUUUGGCUACGCUGGAUUCAACUGCACUGACUCGGCUCUGUUGGCAGUGGUGGUCAUCGCCUGUGUACUGGGGGGAGUCCUUCUCAUCAUGCUGCUGGCCUUGUUUGCAUAUUGCUGCUGGUACCGGUCGCAGUCAGUGAAGAAGCCUUCAGCAGAGUUCAGCAGCCCGUACCCUGUGGAGGACUUCCAGGGCCCCUGGUCCACCACCCAGGGCAUCACCCCGAUCCCCCGGGCCAGCACCAACUGGGCUUCAGCCCCCAUGGAGAUGACCGAAGGGGGCAGCACACACCACCUGGUCGACAUGAAGCCCCACACCAACGGAGCGGGAUUCCACAUCCUGCCUAAACGGGGGAAGAAGACCGGGUCGUAUGACCUGACCUCAGACAGCAUGAACACGUUCAAGGGGAAGAACCCGUCUCGCUACUCCUACCUGGUGCAGGGCCACGAGAACCCUUACUUCAUACCUGCAGAUGACAGGAGACCCGUAUGAGAACCUCAGCGACGUCUGGAGGCAAGGGCCCGUAUCCACACAGCGUCUCAGAGCAGAAAUGCUGAUCUAGGAUCAUUUUUUGCCUUCUUAAAUCAUAAUGACUAAAAAAAAGGGGAGACCUGAUCCUGGAUCAGCAAUCCUACUCUUAGAUGCUUUGUUAAUAUUUGCUGUUGGGAGGAGAGAAGGACGGGUUAGAGAGAGGAGGGAAGGCUUCA